CCUGAGCUCAGUUUGGCGGCAAAACUCGGCAUUGACAGUUUAGUUUUUUAAUUCAAUUUUUUUUAUGACUUGUGAGAAAUGAGUUUGGUUGUGUGAUUUUUAAGUGUUUUUUCUUUUAAAAUUUAAAAUGGUUGUGAAAUCGUUGAUUUUCCUGUGUCUACUUUCAUUGGGUUACGGCUCCGUGAUCAUUCCGGAGGAGCUGCCCUCUCUGCUCUCCGUAGCUUACUCCAACAUCCCACCGAUCAAGAAAGGUACGGACUCGCGAGUCGGGUUCGGCUUCGCAUUCGGCAACCAUGCUGACUUCCAGGUGAUGUUUGAGCUGGGCCCGCAGACCAACACAGCGCCGCUAACUGGAUCGGCAGGCAGCAGCAAUGCGAAGCGGCAGGCACCGACGCCUCCCAAGCUCACCAAAAACAGAGAAAAGCUCCUCCAAACGGAAGCUGGCAGCUACCUCCAAAACUGGGCAUCAGCCAUGCGGCGACCAGGCAGACCCAACCAAGCAUCCACCGAGCUGCCGAGCCUUGAGGAUUCCGUGGUGGAGUUAGUCAAGAACAGCAAGGGAGAAUACGAGAUACACCAGCCCAGGCCAGACCACAUCCCAAUAGAGGUAAUGGACGAACUGCAAAGGUUAUACGGGCAGAAGAAAGAAGAAGCCAAGAAGAUGACGCAGAAGGCUAAAGAGAAGAAGAGAAGCGACGCAGAAAUAAAGAAGAUCACGGAAGACUUGUCCAAUGUAGAUUUAGAUUAGUAUUUUUAAAAUAAAAGUUUUUGGCACAAAU